GUUGCAAAGGAAGGGGAGAUAAAAAAAAAUACACAUUCGCGCUAAACUUUACGAGAAAAUUGCAUCAACAUGAAAUCUAUCGAUAUUCCCAUCAUCAUUACCGACAUUCACUUACCUUCUUCCCUUCCUCUUCUCAACCUCUUUGUACGACAAUCCAGCAUUUUCACACUUUAAAGCUGUACUUUUUAAAAAUCUACCGACUAUAGACUUGCGAGACAAGACAUUUUGCUCCGCUGCAUUCUUUCCUUCUUUCUUUCUCUUACCAACGCUUUUCUCCGAUUUCAAUCUCGUUUGUGUAUCUUUAUCGACGCAGAAGCUACGCUAUAGCAUUGCUAAGCUCACUUAAAACUUCAUUGACUUGUUCAAAUCACUACGGCUGGUAUAGGAUUCACUUGCCCGAAAGCAAAAACAGACAAGCAAGAUUAUCCAACAAAACUUAUAACAAUCAACAAAGCAAACAUCUCUCAACUCGAUUCAGCCAUCCAUGACAUCACCCGCACCUCCAGCACGAGCUGUACCGCUCACAUGCUCCGGACAUACUCGACCAGUCGUUCAUCUAGAAUUCUCAGAACAGCAAGAUGAUGGAACAUACACACUUUUGUCAAGUUGCAAAGAUGGAAAUCCGAUGCUACGUGAUUGGUUAGGUGAUUGGAUCGGUACAUUUUUAGGUCACAAAGGUGCUGUUUGGAGUAGUAAACUUUCCGGUGGCGAUGCAGGUAAAGCUGUAACGGGAAGUGCUGAUUUCUCGGCAAAGAUUUGGGAUACAUAUAGUGGAGAUUGUUUGCAUACAUUCGCACAUAAUCAUAUCGUUCGAUCGGUUGCGAUCAAUGCUACUGGCACAAGUAUUUUGACGGCUGGACACGAAAAGAAAUUGCGCUUGUUCGAUCUUGCAAAACCAGAUCAAGAAGCACACCUGUUACGUGAGAAAUCGCUUGAUGGACUAGCACAUGAAGGCGUGAUCAAAAGUGUAGUUUGGCAACGCGGAGAUGGAGAGAAUAUUGCAAUCAGUGCUGGAGAGGAUAAAGUUGUGAAAUGGUGGGAUUUGCGAUCGAUGAGCAAAGUGAGCGAAUUGACUUUCAAUGAACCAAUCACGUCUAUGGAACGAUCCAACAACGCCGUUCUAGGAGAAUUGAUCACAAUUGCUUCAGGUAAAAAGGUUUUCUUCAUCGAUGCACACAAAAAGGAGUUGAUCAAAGAACACACUCUAGCACAAGCACCUUCUUCGGCUUCUUUGCAUCCUUCUUUGGCUGAUCGAUUCGUGGCAGGUGCAACUUCUGAUGGUUGGGUACGCAUCUAUGACUUUGAAUCGGGACAAGAACGUGAACUACACAAAGGUCAUCAUGGACCUGCUCAUGCUGUAAGCUAUUCGCCUGAUGGUGAAUUAGCAGCAAGUGGAUCAGAAGACGGAACGAUUAGACUAUGGCAAACCUAUCCGGGACGUAAAUAUGGUUUAUGGAUGUAAGGUUGCGCAUUGCUGCUUGAAAGAAAGAGGUUGGAAAAGAAGAAGUUUUGUUGUAUGUAUUAUAGGUAAAAAUGCAGUUCAAAAAAAUGAGAAGCUUUUUUUUGUAUAAAAUCAAAUCCCUCUCUCUGUCUGUUUGACUGUCUCUCGUAAUAAUUGUAUGGGUAUUAAAAGCGAUGCA